AUGAUAGUCACCGUGGGUGUCGAGGCUACCAAACGUCGGGGCUCGACAAACCGUCUUCUGGCCUGGGAUAGACUCGGACAUCGCCAACACCGUCGCUGCCUGCGAGCCGUGCCAAGUCCUGCGUCCAGCCAACAACGGGAGCCUCUCCACAACGACGACCAUCCAUCCAGGCCCUUUGAGUCGGUAUCGGCGGAGUUCUUCCAGGUAGCUGGGAAGUCCUUUCUUGUUGUCGCCGACCGCCUCUCUGGCUGGCCUGUGGUUGUCCCUUGCAAGGGUGACACUACUGCCUCCUCGACCAUACAGCACUUCUGCCGCUACUUCAGAGAGGUGGGUGUUCCCUUACGCCUGCACACCGAUGGAGGACCUCAGUUUACCAGCAAAGAAUUCGCCGACUUCACAGAACGUUGGGGUGUACACCACAUCACCUCGUCGCCACAUUACCCACAGUCUAAUGGACACGCUGAGGCCACUGUCAAGGCUGUCAAGCACUUGAUCCUCAAAACGGCCCCCACAGGAAACAUUGACUGCGAGGAUUUUGAUCGUGGUCUCCUCGAGUUAAGAAACACACCCAACCAGUCUGGUCGCUCUCCUGCCCAGGUACUGUAUGGUCACCCUCUCCGUACAUGCGUGCCUGCCCAUCCUCAGUCAUUCACAGAAGAUUGGCAGGAAAAGGCCCAUGACUGCGACCGCCGAGCCGCUGCCAGAGCUGCUCAGGUGCAGCGCAACUAUGACACCCACGCCCGCCCCCUGCCCAGGCUUAAUGUGGGCCAACAUGUCCGUCUCCAGGACCCGACAUCCCACCGAUGGGACACAGUUGGGAUUGUCAUGGGUGGUGCACGAUCACGCGAGUACGAGAUCCGUCUCCCAAGUGGUCGAGUGUUACGUCGGAACCAUCGCUUCCUAUAUCCACUGCCCAGCCCCAGUCAAGUUCCCAACUCUGAUCUCCCUGUGGUCCCUAGCCCAGACAUGGAAAAGUCAUCAAUUCCCUCCAAAGCCCCUCGCAGGUCCCCAAGAUUGAACAGGCCUACAUAA